CUCUUGCGGGGCACAAAUCGAAGAGUGAUUCGAUUGACUCCAAACGUCCUAACCCCAUCUUUCUACUGAAAUUACCGAGUACUGAGUAUUCAAUUUGAUUUGACAUGCAUUGCAUGCAUUGCCUAAGUUUUAUUGAUCUAGUCGACGGUUAUUAAAAUGAAGAAAACUCAAAAAGUCGGAGGCUUGGAGGGUGAAGACACAUGUGAUGGACAGAUCAAAAAUCAGGAGGGUAGUGUUGAUUUAGAUAAUAAUAAAACAAACGGUCAGGUUGCUGUUGAUAAGGGAAGCGGCAACACCAGCAACAGUUCUGAAGAGAUUGCUAAUCCUCUUAAUGAGGAAGAUGAUGAACCUGACAUCAUUGUUUUAAGGGAAGACAAGACAUCAAAGAAUAAAACCAAAGAUGAAAACUGUCCAUCAGAAGGAUCAGAACCUAGACGGAGAUCAUCGACAAGACUUCAAGGCAAAAGACCAAAGCUUGUUGAAAUAAUAACUACCAGUGAUGAGGAUGAAAACCUGGAGAGUGAUGAUGAUUUUAUGGAAGAGAAGUCAUCCAAGAGUAAGAAUGUCAGAAAACGUUUUCUACCUGCUAAAAAAAAAUCAAGUCUUCAGACAGCAUCCAAAAUCGAAGAAGUAUCUGAAGGGAAAGUGAAAUCAAAACGGUCACCAAAUGAAAGCACAUCCAAAAAACAAAACGAUUCUGCCUCCAAAAUUUCCAAAGAAUUCACUUCUGGGGCUUUUGUGGUCCCCAAGCCAGAUUUUCAUGCCUCAAGGACGCCAGCAAUUUGGAGAAUUGACGGCAAAGCUCUGCUUCAGAAGUAUACUCAUUUCGAACAAGAUGGCCAGACUUUGUACAAAAAUACCUCGACGUAUUCAGGAUGGGUUGCCAACAACAAGGACCAAUAUUACCCAGUUACAGUUGAAUUCAAAACACAAAGCCGUAAAGAAACUAUUGUUAAAUUUUUGAGAGAAGCAAUUGAUGCUGAUGACAGUGAUUGACUGCCUAUUUACCUUUUGUGAUAAUGGUUCUAUUCUUAACCAUCAUUUAGUAUUUACCGAAAUGCUUUUCUUAAGACUGAAGAAUUGACUUUACCACAUUGUGUGCUUUACAAUCAUACCAAGCUUAAAUUAAUUAUUUGAUCACUUGACUUGCAUGUCAAGUCUUCUCAAAUUCAAAAGCUGUGUUUAGAUUGGAAAUAGAUCUCAUCUCUUCACUGUCGGAUUUGAAACUAAAAUUUCCUGUUUUGUUUCUCUUCUAGAUAAUAAGCCUAGACUAUGAGUUAUAUUUUGUCAUGAUUAUGUUUUUGUUACCUGUGUGUAUGAACAUGUAAAUUGUAAUUGUUCCUCACUCUACGUUGCCAUGAGUUAUUGCCUAAGUAGUAGAUACUUUGUUAUAAGAAUUUUUGGUAAAUUCUUGUUUAAUCUAAAA